AAUGAAGCCUCCUACCUCGCUGAGGUCUUCGGGCCCCUCUGGAUGGUCAAAGUCUACAGCUUCGAGUUUAAAAAACCCUCCUGUUGCUUCUGCUGCCCUGAGAAGAUGGAGGAGGAGCUGAGAGGUGAGUUGCAGGGGGGUGUUGGUGGGAGGGCAGAGCCUAGGGACAAGGUGGUCUACAGCUACUCAGCUUUCCACUUUGUCUUCUUCCUUGCCUCGCUCUAUGUCAUGAUGACCCUCACCAACUGGUUCAGCUACGAGAACGCAGUGCUGGAGACCACCUUCACGCACGGCAGCUGGUCAACCUUCUGGGUGAAGGUGUCCUCGUGCUGGGCCUGCGUCCUGCUCUACCUGUGGCUGCUGCUGAGCCCCCUCUGCCUCCGCA